AUGGGAGCUGCAGGGAUUAGAAUUCACGACAUGAUGGAUUGCUUCAUCAGCAAACAUGUAUGGUAUGGCGGUGUUGGUUUUACCAGGCGUGAAAUAUACAACCUUUGCGCCAGGGAGAAGAGGAAGCUGCUUUCAAAAGGUGAUGCUGCCACAGUCAUAGGCAUCAUGGUCAGUAGGAAACAGAGGGAUCCUAGCUUCUUUUUCGAGUACAAGCUAGACAAGGAAGGACAUAUGAAUAGGAUGUUCUGGUGUGACUCCCAGUCUCGUCAUGACUAUGAGGACUUCGGCGACGUGCUUGUAUUUGACAGCACGUACAAGAUGAACCGGUACGGUAUGCCAUUCAUACCCUUUGUUGGUCUUAACAAUCACCGGAAGACCACUGUUUUUUCUUGUGCCAUAGUUUCGGACGAGACCGAAGAGACAUAUGUGUGGCUGCUGGAGACUUUUUUGAGGUCCAUGUGUCAAAAGAUGCCUAUGAGUGUUAUCACGGAUGCCGACGCUGCGAUGAUCAAGGCAAUUCGCCAAGUCUUCCCAGACGUGUGGCACCGUAUAUGUACGUGGCAUAUAGAAAAAAAUAUGAAGAUUCACCUCAGUCACAAGUCCUUGAAGGAGUUCCGAACUCUUCUGUACUACAGCACGUCCACGGCCACGUUUGAGGAGAGAUGGCACGCGUUUUCCAAAAGAUGGCAGUCGGAAAAAACAGUAACAUGGUUGAGACGGAUGUAUAAGAAGAGGAGACUGUGGGCCGCGACUUAUCUGACAAAGGGUUUUUGGCUUGGCAUGAAAAGCAACCAGAGGAGUGAAAGUCUAAACUCAUGCCUUCACCUCCACCUAGACGGUGAAAUGACCCUGGUGGAUAUGAUUUUGCACUAUGAGAACGCCGUUGUACGUAUCCCUGAGAAUGAGGCACGAGAUGAUUGCACGGCCUCACAGAGUUUACCGGUGCCAGUUACUAGCUCGAGGGAACUUGAGAUAGCUGCUUCUCACGUCUUCACUCCAGCAAACUUCUAUAUGUUGCAAGCUGAUCUUAGUAAAAUUGGUGGCAUGGAGAUUGUAGAAAUAAAGCUCGGAGACGGAUCACAACAGUACAUCGUGGCCUGGAAGAAUAACCCGAAGAGCCGUUUUUGGGUGGAGUACACUCCAUUACAGGAGAGUUUGAAGGCCGUGAUAGCUAAGAGCCAUGAGUAUGAUCAGCUAAAGGAAAAUUUGAGUAAGAAAACGGCUGAUCUUAGUACUUGUGCAAUUGAAUAUGUAGAUGAUGGUGAAGGCAACAUAGUUGAAGUUCAUGAUCCUAUUAAAGUAUCAACGAAAGGUGCAACUAAGGUAGAUGAGAACCGCCCUAUGUCGAAAAAUGGUAGGCCACUUUCGUACGACGAGAUCAGAAUCAGAAGCGUGGUGGGCGAAGAAGAGUAG